AUGAAUCAAUUCGACCGAGUGAAGCUAUUCCAGCAACAGGACUACGAACUGCCCGAACCGCCAGGCGAUUCCAUAUCCGCGCUGGAGUUCGUGCCGCGAUCGAGUUCCUGGAACGCAAUCUGCGCCGGCAGUUGGGACAACACCGUGCGCAUUUGGGAGGUGCAAGCCGACAGGGCAGUGCCCAAAGUGAUGAAGUUCCUGGAGGGCACACCACUGGAUAUCGCUUGGAACGACUCGGGCAACAAGGUGUACCUGGGCGACGCCAACGGCCUGGUGUCCGAGUGGGACUUGGAAUCCAACACGCUGAGGCGGGUUGGAGCCCACGCGCGAGCCGCUCGCACUUGCCAUUGGGUGGGCACGAGCUCCUACCUGACCACCACCUCCUGGGACAAGACCAUCAGGUUCUGGGAUCCGCGCACUCCCAUGGAGCUGGCCAGUAAGGUGCUACCGGAUCGCAGCUACGCCGCCGAUGUCUUCAACGGAGUGGCGGUGGUGGCCUGCGGCGAUCGAUCCGUCCUGGUCUACACCCUGCACGGGGAGCCUGUGCAGCAGGAGCAGAUGCAGAGCCCGGGAGAGGGCCACACCCAGGUGCGGUCCGUGGCACUGCACCAGAACAGAGAGGUGACCAGCUGGCUUCUUGCCAAGACGAAUGGCAUGGUGUUCGAGCAGAGCGUGGCUCAACGCACGGGCAGUUUUCCCAUCCGGUGCCAUCGCCAUGAGGGAGCCGGCAGCCUGGACGUCUAUGCGGUGCACGAAGUGAAGGUCAACAGGGCGACGAAGCACAUUGCCACGGUGGGAUCGGAUGGAGUGUUCUGCUUCUGGGACAGCCAGAUGCGCUCCAAGCUGCUGGAGAGCAGGGUCCAUCCGCAGCCGAUCACCAAGUGCUCCAUCAGCGACGACGGCCAGCUCUUUGCGUAUGCCUUGGGCUACGAUUGGUCCAAGGGGCACGAGUACUCGGACACCGGCAAAAAGGCCCAGCUAUUCCUGCGUCCGUUUGGAACCGUCUAA